AUGCUGCCGAAUAACGAGGUGCGCGUGCCCCCUCCGCGGGCUGCGCAGCCUGCUGUGCCGCGCGACAUCACCGCCGAAUUCACGGAAGCCGCGUCGAAGCUCAAGACCGGCCAGCUCGUGAAAGAUGAGCUUUUCACGCUCUUCGAGGCAGUGGGCGCAUUGGAGGAAUCGACCCUGCGGCAGAUCAUGGACUCCAAAAUGGACAGCGGUUACAUUUCUCCCGGUGAAAACCAUGCGCAAGCGCUCGAGGACGAUUACGACGUGCGACAAGCGUUGUCACCGGUGCAGGUGGUGGGCUUGAUGGACCAGCUACUCUGCCACGAGAUGGCAUGGCAUAAGGGACAUCCUCUCUCACAAACGCUGUUUACGUCGAUCUAUCUGGAUAAAUUGUUGUGGCCAGUCCCCAAGACCAUGGAGGAUGCCCGGUUCGACCGCGUCCCGAGCGAGUCGCCCCUGAUCAGCCUUGUUCUGCGAGCAUACUGUUUGGCGCUGGUCAGGUGCUGCGACUUUGUACAUGCCCGAAUUGCUACCGAGUAUUACUUCGAGGAAGAAGAUUUUGUGACCCAAUUGUACAAUCGCAACCUGCUAUCCAGGUUCGACCCGUCUCCAUUCUACCGCCUGCUGGACCAGGCGUUGGAAUGGGUACGUGCCGAGAAAACCAUGGACGACAACAUCCGAGAUGCUCUCGAGUGCAGGAUACUGUUCCGACGCGAUUUCCUGUCUGCUCUGGACCAAGAUCUUGAAGUUAUUGACACCAGGUCAACGGAUUCGUUCGAGUCUUGCUUGACUUCGUUAGCUAAACUCACAGAUUCUCUUUCUGUCGGCCAACCAGUGCCGGAAGCAUUUAGCCUCAAAAUCCAGCGGAGACUUGCCAGCACCGUCCCCCCGCGACCAAUUGUUCAAAUCAGCCCCGAGGAUGCUCUUGCUCAUAUCAAACGGCUCUGCCAAGAUGCGAUCGAUAUGCAAGGGAUCUUGGACUACAGGGGACCGGGCAACUUCAGGACUGCCGUUUGGACUCUUCUAUCACGGAAACCCCAGCCUUCCGUCUACAUUCGUUGUCUCCUCCAGGCCCUGGUUUUGAGUGACAUGACCAUCCUGGGCGCGGUCUCUGUCAAGCAGUUUCUGUAUGACGAUCUGGCGGAGCUGGUGCUGCCCUCCAGUGUGUUACUUCAGGCGAACACCUUCGAUGUGGAAGUGCCGUCCGACCCUCGGUUCCAAAUCGCUCUCAAGAUGGAGGCCUUUGUGCAACGAUUUGCGCAGCCAUUCAUUGACACCGUAAGAUGCGCGUGUCUCAACCGGUGUCGAAUUCGUCGGACCGUGUGUCAUACUGUUGUGGAUUGGGAUAAUCUUCAGAUGGAGGCCGAAGAGCUCGAUCUUGAGCUGCAAAAUCUAAGCAAAGAGCGCCCGUUGCAGAUGAAGGGAGGCGAGCCGACCUUCUCCUUCCCACUUAGCAGCUGGGCCUACAGCAAAAAGCUGGACCAGAUCCGGCGCAUCAUUCAGAUGGGCUUUGAACUCUCCAUCUAUGCACCCGAGGAACUGCCGGGGAUGUAUUGGUAUCUAGCCCAUAUCUGUUCCACCCACCUCGGCCACCUGGACCGUAUCCGCACCUUCACCGUGGCUGCCCGGAAACAGGAUCUUGUUGCCAACAGCAGUGGACCGAACGAUCUGAAGAAGUCCGCGGCCUUUCACCGAUGCUUCCGCACCCUCGAGCGGAUGACGACCGAGCUGGUCGCGAUCGAUGCAUUUGCAAUCGCCCUCCACGCUCUCUAUGUAUUGCUCAAACGGCAGCGGGUGCUCCCCAGUGCUGCCGGUGCCGAGGCAUACUCGACCAACAAGCUGCGCUACGAGCUCCGCAUGAAACCAUUUAUCCCGAUCACGUUGCCGGAACUACCACCCUUUGAAGAAUUCGAACGCGAAGCGGCCCUGGAAGGAGACUCCGACGCGACCAUUUUGGACCGCGCCUCCAAGGCGAUCACCGAGGCUCGCAAAGCCUGGGAGGCGUUGUUGUCGCACGGGGCGUUCCUCGAGGAUGCCAAUUCCCAAAAGGCGGCACCACCCAUCGCCAUUGAAGAAGAUUGGAAGCGGGAUAUCAAGGACGCAAUGAAAGCAUGCAUUGGGGCUAGUAUCUCGAUCCAGACGGUCAAGAAAGCGCUUGCUGAGAACCCAUUGCCGUCGGAGGAACAGCCGUUGAACCUUCAGGUGACGAUCCCCGAGAUAGGCAGCAAAGGCAAAUGGCACGCGUGGUGGGUGGUGCCGCAGGUCGCCGAGAAGAAGGCUAACACAUAA